AGAAAAGUAAACAGCAUCGACUUGAAUUUGAGUGAUGAAUUUGUUGUUGAAGCUUCACUUUGGAAAUUUUGAAUGUUACGAGACACAAGUUUCUCCAACUUGCUGGUCCCACACAGUUUCUUCCUCUGUCUAUUUCCCUCGCAGAUCUCAACCAAUUCUUAUAUAUAAACCCCUUUCGAGAUCUGCUUCAAGCUCUGUCCCCUUCUUCCACUUCCACCCUCCUCUCAGGUUUUUGUGGAUAAGAGUGAGCUAUAAUGGCUGCCAGGAGACCGGGUUUAAUUGCUUUGUUUGAUGUUGACGGGACUCUUACAGCUCCCAGGAAGGUGGUCACACCGGAAAUGUUGACAUUCAUGCAAGAACUACGAAAGGUUGUAACGGUUGGAGUUGUUGGGGGUUCUGACCUUAUAAAGAUAUCAGAGCAACUUGGCAGCACAGUUACCAAUGAGUAUGAUUACGUAUUUUCUGAGAAUGGUCUUGUGGCUCACAAGGAAGGAAAGCUCAUUGGAACUCAGAGCUUGAAGUCAUUCCUUGGUGAAGAAAAGCUCAAGGAGUUUAUUAACUUUACACUUCAUUAUAUUGCUGAUUUGGACAUCCCCAUUAAGAGGGGAACAUUUAUGGAGUUCCGUAGUGGGAUGCUGAAUGUGUCACCUAUUGGCCGAAACUGUAGCCAAGAAGAAAGAGAUGAGUUUGAGAAAUAUGACAAGGUUCACAACAUACGCCCAAAAAUGGUUUCUGUACUUCGUGAGAAGUUUGCUCAUCUUAACUUGACAUUCUCCAUUGGAGGACAGAUAAGUUUUGAUGUUUUCCCUCAAGGUUGGGACAAAACAUACUGCCUGAGAUACCUUGAUGGUUUCAAUGAAAUUCACUUCUUUGGUGACAAAACUUACAAGGGUGGAAAUGACCAUGAAAUCUACGAAUCUGAAAGGACUAUUGGGCACACAGUUACAAGCCCUGAUGAUACAGUGAAGCAGUGUAAAUCUCUGUUCCUAGAAAAUUAAAGAAUUUUGCAGCAACAUGUUAUUGAGAAUUACAGAGGGAGUGUACUCAAAACUGUUGUACAGAAAGACCACAGGCUGCAAUCAUACUACCUCUUUGUAUUUUUAUUUUUUGUCAGAUUCACAUUUUGGAUUUAAUAAUAAGCUUAUCAUUCAGUUAAAUUGAUAUGAA